UUAGGGUUAAAAAAUGUCAACAACAGAGGACAAAAGUCUAUGGGUUGGUUCUCAGGAGGAUAUCGGAGAGGAGAUGGGGGUUGUAGCUGUGUAUGCGUGUAUAAGCAGAAAGAGACAAAAAGCCAUGGAGAUCUUGAAUAAGUGGGUCCUGGCUUCAGAUAUUGAAGGGAACAUUAUCGAAGCAAGCCUAAAAUGAAGAAAGAGAACUUCAAUUACAACGUAUUGCAAAUCCCACCCUUUGUGGGGGGGUCCAAUGAAAUGGUCAGUCGGUUGUCUAUUGACCACCAUCAUCAGAAAUGUCACGCUCUCUCCAGCGAAGGUACUUGUGGUCAGAUGUAUGAAUAAUGAAGAAAAACCCUAAUAGUCUAAUCUAAUUGUCAAAGAAGUCGCAAUUUUUCCAUUUAACGUACUGUUGAGCGUCCACGUUGUCAGAUGGAGCGCGUGGGUGCGGAGCUCCCUUUAGGACCCGGUUUCUGUCUCUUCGCGCGCGUCUUCUAUCCACGAACACACUCACCCAGCUACACUUGAUGUUGCGUCUGGUGCGAGCUCGCACACAUCUUUCUGCGCGCCGCGGAACUACCUACAGGUGAACGGACUAAGAAAGACGGGGACAUCCGAGCUUUUCAUAAGAACACCACAUGUCCAAUAUUGGAUGUUACCAGUGGUAUCGCACAGUUUUUAUAUGGGUUACAUCGUUCUUUGGAAUUUAUUAGGACUUUUAUUAUCAUCCUGGAACGCAUGUCGAAAGUGGCGGCGAAGCUAGAUAUUGGCCACUUUGUGUGAAACAUCUAAGAGUUGUAUUCUCCGACGUGGUGAAAGGACUUUAUUCAUCCUCCCUUUCAUUUGGACGAGUGAUCAGGCGCCCUACGGCGCAGACGCGCCUCGGCCAUGGGCGAGCGGCGGUGCUUCCCGCGUGGAGCUCUGGCUUGGCUCUUCACGCUCAUGCUCUGGCUGGCGAGGUCUGUGGUGAGUGAGACAGGAAGUGAUGCUAUUCAAAACAUCACUCUGUUCACACGUAUCCUGGACACACUGCUGGAUGGCUAUGACAAUAGAUUGAGACCUGGGCUGGGAGACCGAGUCACGGAGGUGAAGACCGAUAUUUAUGUCACCAGUUUUGGGCCAGUGUCAGAUACAGAUAUGGAGUAUACAGUGGACGUGUUCUUCAGGCAAAGCUGGUGGGACGAUCGGCUGAAGUUUCGUGGCCCCAUGAACAUCCUGCGAUUGAACAACCUCAUGGCCAGCAAGAUCUGGACCCCCGACACCUUCUUCCACAACGGCAAGAAAUCGGUGGCCCACAACAUGACCAUGCCCAACAAGCUUCUGCGCAUCAUGGAAAACGGAACCCUGCUCUACACAAUGAGACUUACAGUCCAGGCUGAGUGCCCGAUGCAUCUGGAGGAUUUCCCCAUGGACUCCCACUCCUGUCCUCUGAAGUUUGGCAGCUAUGCAUACACUACCUCGGAGGUUACCUAUAUUUGGACACGAAACGCCUCGGAUUCUGUGCAGGUGGCACCAGAUGGGUCCAGACUCAAUCAGUACGACCUUAUGGGCCAAACUGUCAACAAUGAGACCAUCAAAUCCAGCACUGGGGAGUACACUGUGAUGAUGGCCCAUUUCCACCUGAAAAGGAAGAUUGGUUAUUUUGUGAUUCAGACAUACCUGCCCUGCAUCAUGACAGUCAUCCUUUCCCAAGUGUCCUUCUGGCUCAAUCGGGAAUCGGUUCCUGCGAGGACCGUUUUCGGUGUGACAACGGUCCUCACCAUGACAACCCUGAGCAUCAGUGCCCGUAACUCUCUGCCAAAGGUUGCCUACGCAACAGCCAUGGACUGGUUCAUCGCCGUGUGCUAUGCCUUUGUGUUCUCGGCUCUCAUCGAGUUCGCCACCGUCAACUACUUCACCAAGCGAGGAUGGGCCUGGGACGGCAAAAGUGUUGUCAGUGAAAAGAAAAAGGAGGCAGCAGUUGUGAAAAAAAACAAUGCCUAUGCGGUAGCCGUGGCGAACUAUGCCCCCACCGUUGGAAAAGACUCCACACUGCCAACGGUCUCCAAGAGUGCCACCUUGGACCCUGGGAAGGCUCGGACGGAGGUCAAGGUGGAGAGCAAAAAGACGUUUAACAGCGUGAGCAAAAUUGACCGCAUGUCGCGCAUAAUCUUCCCUGUGCUCUUCAGUCUCUUCAACAUGGUGUACUGGGCAACCUACCUGAACAGAGAACCUGUUAUUAGAGACAUAAUGCCCUCCAUAUAAAAUAACCCUCUCUCCCCCACGCAAACACACACACACACACACACACACACACGCACACACACACACACACACACAGACACAGACACAGACACAGACACAGACACACACGCAGACAGAUAUUUCCUUUUUUGGACACACUUACAAUGAGGACGAGCUGACCUGAUUUGAAAAAGUGUUUGUUUUUAUAUUUAUAUAAUAUUUAUUCAUAAACUUUUGAUUUUGAGGAAUAUGGAUUUAUACAUUUAUUUUUAUAUUUUCAAUUUUACAUUAAUUUUUUUCUUUUCUUUUACUAGAUCACACCAGUUGAUCUGCAUAAAUACGCUAAUUUCAUUUAUUGGGCAACUGGCAACGAGCAAAGCAAUGAGCAAAGCAAUGAGCAACGAGUCUGCUGCACAUAAACUAAAGCUAAUUUAAUCAAAUCAUUUUUGGAAUUCUAAUGGUGAGCAAGAACUUUAAGCGCAAACAUGGGUGGGUCAGCGCAAUGCUCCCACACAUCACACGAUAGGUUUAGAUCAUGCGCAGCAGACUUUUCUCA